GUCACCUGCAAAUACAAAAACUAUUCAGACUCAUCUUCCUUGGAAUUGAUCUUCAAUGUAUCCAUGAAAGAAGGAGACUUUUUUCCAGACGUGUCAGUGGGAAAAUGACCCAGAGCCACCCUGUUAGACUUCUGUUUAUGAUCAGUUUGGCAUUACAGAUCAUCGACCUAGGAAACAGCUAUCAAAGAGAGAAAUAUCAAGAUAGUAGAGAAGAAAUCAACAAUGCUACGGCUCAGCUCCAGCAGAAAACACUCAACUGGACCUUGAAUAAUUUUAGGGAAGAGCAUGACAGAACACAAGGCUGGAGGCCUCAGGGUUCAUUCCCCUACUCCUGGGCCUUCCAAGAGCGUGCGCCCCCGAGGCCGCGUUGCUGCAAGAACGGCGGCACCUGCGUGCUGGGCAGCUUCUGCGUGUGCCCCGCCCACUUCACCGGCCGCUACUGCGAGCACGACCUGAGGCACAGCGAAUGCGGCGCGGUGAUGCACGGAGCUUGGACCUUCCGCGGUUGCCGGCUCUGCAGGUGCGUCUUUGCGACCCUGCACUGCCUCCCGCGCCAGACCACCGGCCGCUGCGACCUGAAAGACUUUCUCGCCUCCCACUCGAGUGGACCAAGCACACGGUGCACGUGGAGUGUGCUGCUCUUCCUGCCCUGCGUGCUCUUGAAAUCCAUCCUCAGCGAAGGGCGAGGCUUUUGACCCCAUGGGAACUGGAAGUGCGCCUGACUUCUCCAAGUGGGUGAGGGAGGCAGCUCUGUGUGGGGAACCUGGGUUUGUGCUUCCUCUUGCGUUGUCUAUGUUGUAAAUGUACUGUCUGAUCAACACUUUUAUGAAAAAA